UAAUGUUGCAUCUGAAAACACAAGCGGAGAAGAUUUAUUAAUACAAGAUUUUAAUUGUGGCCGUGAAUCCUGUUCUCAUUUUUCUCCUUCUAAAGACCACAAAACACAAAGCUUUUAAAACCGUAAUUUAUUAAAAGCGAGUUGUGCCAGCGGUGACGCAUAGAAGACGCCUGCAAGUGAGCAAACCCUAAUCACCAGCUACUUCUGCCCACCCAUCUCAGUCUAGGGCCUCCGGGCUUUAAGCGCCGGAGCCUUCAUCGCGAUAACUCUCGGGACUAGACGAGGGAGGAGAAGCCGAAGUGCCGCGGCUGACAAAUGACCGCUUCGAGGUAGUCCCUGACCUUCGCUUCGGGUUUAGCGCUUGCCUUGGGCCUUCGUGAGCGUGCACGUGCGUCGUUCCGCCCCUCCGCCCAGGGCUGUUACCCAUGCUACCUGCACGCCUAGCCCGGAGGCUGGUAGGCCCCUUCCUUCGGCCAUCGGUUCCUACCACAGCGCGCCGGGGCCUCCUAGAACCGCUCCCCGAGAGGAGAUGCACAGCCGCCGCCUCCCAGCACCCGUCGGACCUGGGACGUGGGCCUCCUUAUGGCCCGACGGCAGCCGGAGGUUUCCAAGGAAGGGCUGAUCUGGAGGAACGGUUUCUGUUCCCCGAGUACGUGCCGGAGCCCGCGCCGGAGCCCGCAUCCACCCUGGAAGAGCAGCUGCGGGAGCUGCAGCAGCGGCAGGAGGAAGAGGAGAGACACAAGCAGCAGCAGCGGGAGGAGCGACGGCAGCAGGGCCUCCGGGCCGGCCGCCGGGAGCACCCGGUCGUGGGGCACCCGGACCCAACGGUGCCGCCCAGCGGUCUUAACUGCUCGGGCUGCGGGGCAGAGCUGCACUGCCAGGACCCGGGCGUGCCCGGCUACCUGCCCAGCGAGAAGUUCCUCAGCGCGGCGGCGCAGGCAGACGGUGGCCUGGCGCGGACCGUGUGCCAGCGCUGCUGGCUGCUGGUGCACCACCGGCGCGCCUUGCGCCUGCGGGUGACCCAGGAGCAAUACCUGGAGCUGGUGAGCACUGCACUGCGGCGGCCUGGGCGCGCCAUGGUGCUCUACAUGGUGGACCUGCUGGAUCUGCCCGACGCGCUGCUGCCCGACCUGCCCGCCCUGGUGGGCCCCCAUCAGCUAAUCGUGCUGGGGAACAAGGUGGACCUGCUGCCCCAGGACGCUCCCGGAUACCGGCAGCGGCUCUGCGAGCGGCUGUGGAACGAUUGUGCCCGUGCCGGGCUCCUGCCGCCUCGUGGCGGCCGAGUGCCCCAGCAGUCAGGCGGGAGCGGGGAGGAGAAUUGGAAUCCUUCGGCCAGUUCCCGCACAGUGCUCAGGGACGUGCGCCUCAUCAGCGCCAAGACUGGCUAUGGGGUCGAAGAGCUAAUCUCCACGCUUCAGCGCUCUUGGCGCUACCGCGGCGACGUCUACCUAAUUGGCGCCACCAACGCUGGCAAGUCCACUCUCUUCAACACGCUCCUGGAGUCCGAUUAUUGCAUUGCCCAGGGCGCUGAGGCCAUCGACCGAGCCACCAUCUCUCCUUGGCCUGGUACUACAUUAAACCUUUUGAAGUUCCCUAUUUGCAACCCAACUCCUUACAGAAUGUUUGAAAGGCAAAAAAGGCUUAAAAAAGAUGCAACUAAAGCUGAAGAAGAUCUAAGCCAGCAAGAACAAAAUCAACUUAAUUGCUUGAAAAAGCAUGGUUAUGUAGUAGGAAGAGUUGGAAGAACGUUCUUAUAUUCAGAAGAACAGACGGAGGAAGCUGCCUUUGAGUUUGAUGCUGAUUCACUUGCCUUUGAUGUUGAAAAUGAACCUGUUAUGCUUGCAGAUAAAUCCACCAAACGAGUAGAAUUGACCACACAGGAUAUGAAAGAUGCCCACUGGUUUUAUGACACCCCUGGAAUUAAAAAAGAAAAUUGUAUUUUAAAUCUUCUCACAGAAAAAGAAGUAAAUAUUGUUUUGCCAACACAUUCCAUCGUUCCAAGAACUUUUGUGCUUCAACCAGGAAUGGUUCUCUUUUUGGGUGCCAUAGGCCGCAUAGACUUUCUACAGGGAAAUCAAUCAGCUUGGUUUACAGUUGUGGCUUCCAACUUCCUUCCUGUGCACAUUACUUCCUUGGACAAGGCAGACACUGUGUAUCAGAAGCAUGCGGGUCACAUAUUACUCAAGUUAAGCUUGCUCCUGCUCCUCAUGCCCCAUCUUCUGCACUCCCUAUGCUACAUCUUGAGCUUUGGUUUGGUGUUUUUUACUAAAUGGUUGCCAACACCACUUUUUGUUUUGUCACAUGCCUGCAUAGGUUGGGUUGCAGUAACGCCUCAGUUUAAGGACAGACUGCAUCUCCGAGGCUACACACCUCAAGGAACAGUUCUAACAGUCCGGCCCCCUCUCCUGCCACAUAUUGUUAACAUCAAAGGAAAGCGCAUCAAGAGAAGUGUUGCCUAUAAAACCAAGAAGCCUCCUUCCCUCGUGUACAACCUGCAGAAGAAGAAAAAGCAGAUAAAUACAUGAAAUUGAGCUUGGUCAGGGUGAAUAUUAAAUAUAUUGAACACAACUAAUAACUUCAGGGACUCUCUUGUCCCCUCCUGGCAUGAGCCAGGAGCUCUGUCCUUUCACUUUACUUCUAAAUAAACGCCUGUUCCUUGCUCUCCUA